AUGACGAAGCGUGAGGUUCCUCAGGAGCACUCUCAUCGCAACGUCAACCUCGCUGUCAACACACUGUUGCAGCAGAACAACCCCGCCAAGAUUCAGGAUCCUGUUUUUGCUCUACUUGGAGCAAAAGCAGCAGCAGAGGGAGCUGGAGACAUUGCUGAUGCUGACUGCCUUCAGCUAGCCGUAGCCGACCAGGCCUUUACCAACGCCAAAGAGGCUGGUGAUGUGGAGGGUAUGACUAUGGCGCUUAUAUACCGUGCUUUGGAGCGCAACACUGGCUCCGUCGGCCUGAAGUCUGUUCCCUGUGAAUCGAUUAAGGCAGUCAACCCUGAGAUUGCUGCACUCCAGCAGCACCAGGACCCUGCUGCUGAUGGCGCGCAAGCGCUCAACAAGCAAAUUGCUGAAGAACUUGCACGCCAAAUUGCUUCUAUUGGUGGCGACCCAUCGAUGGCAAAUGAGGCUUCUACAUUUGCCCCUGGCAAGAUUGGUGACCCUACCGGAGCUGGAAACACUUGCGAUGACGCGACUGAUGAUGCCGGAUGUAUCAACACCCUUGGGCUUCGUGUUGACGAUCUCAGUGAGGCCGAGAUCGCUGCUGCAGUCGCUGAUGUUAAGGGAGCUGCUAAUGGAGCCGCAAAGGGAGCUGCAAAGGGAGCUGCAGCCGACAACAAGAAUGCUAACAAGGACAAUGAAGCUGCGGCAGAGCAGGCUAUUACUUGCGGAAAUGAUGCUGCCGCCAGUGCAGGCCAUGCUGCCGCCGCCAAAGAUGGUGCUGCUGCUGCCGCCAAAGAUAAUGCUGCCGCCGCCAAAGACGGCGCUGCCGCUGCUACCAAAGAUGACGCUGUUAGCAGCAAGGCGAGCGCAGACUUUGGCAACUGCGACCCUACGAUUGUCUUUGGCCUCCCAUCUGAUGGUCGCAAGGAGGAUGCUUUCGAGCCUUCGGAUCUGACAACCUUUAACCAUGGCUCGGCCCAGAAGAUUGCAAUCAUCUCCAACUUCAUCUGCUCCCAGCUUGCCAACAAGUGCGGUGCAAGCGCCUCAGCUGUCAGUACCUGCGAUGCUGCAGCAUCUGCCGCUAAUGGGCUUGAGGGCCAGGCGGCUGCGACUGCCUUCAACACUGCUCUUGGAUUGUAA